GUGGCCAAGGUCGACGUCGGCGCAGAGCAGGAGGGUAAGCUCAUGAUCGACGGGGGCUGCUCUGGAGCCAACCUGGCCGAGGGCACGGGCGAGGCCGGUGGGCCGGCGUACGCCGACUGCGACUCGGAGGCCGGCUUGGAGGGCGGCGUCGAGGAGAUGAGCGACGAGAAGGAAGCGAGCGUGGCCAUGCAGCGCGGGUGGUGGGCCGCCAGGGCCAGAAUUUCUCGGGCUUGGCUGGGCACGAAGGCCUCGGAGAGCAAUAUGAUGGCGGAGCUCGAGGCGCAGGGCGUCGAGGGCUUCGCGGCGUCCGAAGGCAAGGGCAUCGACACGCAGGAGCUGCGGUGCUUGCUGACGGGCAAGGUACUGCAGGGUCCGAGGUGGGCUCCGCGGGGGCUGCCGCCCGACCCUGGAGAGGGCCGCCUGUUCGGAGAUCCUGAGCCGAAAGCUAGGAGGCGCCGAGCGGGCAAGAGCAAGAUGGCGGAGCCUUGA